CUUCUCUCUCACACCACACACAAAUGCGUUGAUUUGUGAGUGAUGAUGGAGAGAGGGUGGAAGGCUAACACUGUUGAGAUUUCACCAAAUUGUCCCAGGUGUGGUUCUUCCAACACCAAGUUCUGCUACUACAACAACUACAGUUCAACUCAACCACGCUACUUUUGCAAGGGCUGCAGAAGGUACUGGACCAAAGGAGGUUCCCUCCGUAACGUACCAAUUGGCGGUGGCUGCCGGAAAAGUAGAAGGGGUAAAUAUAAUAAAGCCCUAAGACAAGCCCAUAGCCCAGUUGGGCUUUCUGAUGAUUUAAGGCCUUCAUCUUCAGUGGUGUCUGAUGGGCCAAAUAUCGAUCUUGCACAAGUGUAUGCAAGUUUUCUGAAUGUGAAGCCAGAUGAAGUGCAAACAGUUUCUCCUGAGUAUUCAAGCAUAGUUAACACUAGUGCUUUGUCUGAAGAGCAUGGUCGUUUGCAUUUUCAUGAACAGCCCAGAGAAUCCCAUUUUGGUGAGGAUAUCGAAAUGUACUUUUGCGGGUUGAACUCUAUCCAGAAGCAUCAGGAGUAUAGUAGCAGUCAUGAUACAAGAGUUACAAAAACAAAUUUUGAGUUGCCUCCAUUACCAGGUGAAGUUGCAGAAACCUCACAUGGUAAUGUGUUGUGGUCCAAUUCUGAGAUGAUGGUGGAUCAUGCUUUGCAAGCCACCCAAUGGCCCCUUCUUGGACCAGAAGCUUAUGAUGCAGACUUCUUCAUGGGUAACUGUUGGAGCCACUUCGAUUUUCCAAGGGAUGCUUCUUUUUCCACGCCUUGAUAAUAAUAUAUAUAACAUGUGAUUCUUCAAUGCUUUGUUUUGGUUUCUGGUUAUAUACAGUUUAUGUAUAGGUUGAAUCAAAUCUCACUAAUAAAUAAUUUGAAUAUGUAAGCGUAU